AAGCUCACAAUCCCUUAUCAGUACAAACAUCAAAAUUCAAGGUCAUGGAAUAAGUUAGGCCUGGUAUAAAAAGUUCAGCGCAAGAGAAAAUUCUUGAAUCUUUGUUGAUAAUAAGGAUGAAUUUAUGGAAGAUCGUUGGAGGUGUACUUGGAGGAGCUGUUAUACUGGCCAUUGGCUUGCUUAUUGGCCACUUUGGCAUCUCCAAGAAUUCAACACCAGAAUGGGUUAAAGAAAUUUCUCAAGAUGUUGAUGAAGCUUUCAUUACAGAGUUCAUGAAGGAGGUGGAUAACAAGAAGAUAGAAAAUAACUUAAGGGAACUAAGCCAGAAACCUCAUCUGGCAACAACUCAGGGAGAUGAGGCAUUAGUUAAAAUGAUUCUAGAACGUUGGAAGGAUAAAGAUUAUGGUCUUGAUGAUGCUAAGGAGGAAAGAUAUGAUGUCUACCUUUCCUUCCCUGAUAAAAAUAAUCCAAACAAUGUCAAAGUUUUGUUACCUAAUGGUGAAGAACCAUUUCAAUCCCUUCUAACAGAAAAAAAUCUCCACGGAAAUGAUCAAAGUGAUUCUGAAGUAAUUAAACCUUAUGCUGCUUAUGCCCCAAAGGGAAACCCUAAGGGGAAGCUGGUGUAUGCCAAUCAGGGAAAAUGGAGUGACUUUGAAUAUUUGAGUACAAAAAUGAAUUUGACAGGUACCAUUGCUAUUGUGCGCUAUGGAGGAGCAGGUAGAUCUACAAAGACAAUCAAUGCUGCUCAGUUUGGGGUUGUUGGCGUAAUUGUUUAUACAGACCCUAAAGAUAUCAAUGACGGGAAUGCGAAUCCCAGCCAAACAUACCCAUCUUCUUGGUACAUGCCACCAUCAGGGGUAGAACGAGGUUCCUACACUGAAGAUUUUGGAGAUCUGCUGACUUUUUUUUCUCCAGCAAAAAAUUAUACCUACAGAAUUAAAGAGUCUGAAAUCAAGGGAAUUCCGCCAAUCCCCACCCAACCAAUAGGAUUUGAAGAUGCCAAGGCAUUGAUAUGUCAGCUGACAGGUAGUGCUGCUCCUGAAGCCUGGCAAGGGUCCCUUGGGUGUACAUAUAAUUUAGGCCCUGGCUUCACGGCAGCGGGUACAUUCAAUGACGGUGAUGUUCAGGUCAAUGUGUACAACUAUCAAGAAAUUAAAUCAUCGGCAAACGUAAUGGGCAUUAUAAGAGGGAGCGUCGAACCAGACAGGUAUGUGAUGUAUGGUAAUCACAGAGACAGCUGGGUACAUGGAGCGAUAGAUCCUAGCAGUGGGACUGCAGUCAUGCUGGAAAUCACCAGGGUUCUGGGAACCAAGGUCAAGCAAGGUAAAUGGCGUCCACGAAGAUCCAUAAUUUUUGGAAGCUGGGGAGCUGAAGAAUUUGGUUUGAUUGGGUCAACAGAAUUUGCAGAGGACUACUACAGCAAACUAAGAGACCGAACUGCAGCAUAUAUCAAUGUGGACAUUUCUGUAUUUGCCAAUGCUACAUUGAGGGCCCAGGGAACACCUCCAGUUCAGGAUGUCAUAUUUAAAGCAACAAAACAGGUGCAAGCCCCUAUAAGCCCCUCUCUCUCAGUCUAUGACAACUGGAUCCGUUACUUCAAUCGGAGCAGCUCAAUCUAUGGCAAAGUCAUACCCCAGUUGGGUACACUUGGAGCUGGCAGUGAUUACGCUCCCUUCUUGCAUUAUCUGGGCAUCACCUGUAUGGAUUUCGCUUAUACAUAUGACAGGAGCAAAACAUCAGCAAGAAUAUAUCCCGCCUAUCACACAGCUUAUGACACAUUUGAUUAUGCUGCCAAAUUUAUUGACCCAGGAUUUACCAGUCAUCAGACAGUAGCCCGUACUGCAGGGAACGUUUUACUGCGUCUUUCCGACAGUCUUAUCAUCCCGCUGGCACCACUUGAUUACUGGGAGACACUGGAUACUUACUAUAAAGAAGCAGAAAAAAACCUUCAGACUGCACUGAAUGAAAGGUUAAUUCAUCUGGAGCCCUUGAAAACAGCUGUGGACAGAUACAAACGAGCUGCUGAGGCCCUGAAUACAAAAAUUAAAGAUUUAAAAGCUACCGAAGAGACGCCACUUAUGAUACGGAUGAUUAAUGAUCAACUAAUGCUCUUGGAGCGUGCUUUUAUUAAUCAUCAUGCAAUGGCUCAACCUUAUUUCAGCCACGUGAUCUGGGCUCCUCGCAGUUACAGUGUGACUACCUUUCCUGGCCUUGCAAAUGCCUACAGCAAAGCUGUCUCCUCCCAGCUGCAAAAGGACUGGGAUCAAGUCCACCAUCAAUUGACCAUAGCUAUCCAGGCUGUGGAUAACGCUGCAUCAACCCUAGAAACUGCUGCCUCCAUUUAACGAAACGUCUAUAAAAGAAGAUGUUUUUUUUUAGGUAGUUCACUGUAACCUGUAUACUACCUCCACACUACUCCCACUUCGUGUCCAUGCAAAUCUCUUCUACCUCCAGUCAUACUGGAAGCACUGUGAAUGAACUUUGGGAAUUGUUGGUCACACUGACCUGUGGCUUGAUGCCAAGUUCCAAUCUUUCUGCACUCAUUGGCCCCUUCUAUCGCUUCUCUGCUAAGAUCAAGCAAGUACAUGUGAGAGAGGGAAAUCCUGGUCCACCAGCCUUAGGGUCAAGUAGACAUUACAAAGCCUGAAGGAUGCAAUGGAGCCUCAUGGUUUGGUCCACCAGUACGUUCGGCACAUGUAUGGUAGUGCAGGGGGGCUUUAUCUUUUACACAAUGCUGCCAGGACUGGUAAUGCACCACUUGCACCUUGGACCCUUUAUUUUGCAGUGUUCAUUUUCCACCUACUA